GUCAAACAAGAGUGAAAGAGCAAACGGGCUGCUGCUUAGUCAUUUUUUUCCUUUUCCCAUUUUGGCAGGCUGGCCCCCAGGGCGAGGGGAAGCUGAUAUCAUAAUUAUUGGCUCACCCUGGCAGCUGCCUCCCCUCACCUGAUGUCAGCACAGAACCCCGGCACUCCCCAAGGCCUGCGCACAGCUUCUGCCCCCCCAAAACCCAGCCCCUGCCUCCCAGCCCCCCGAGCCUGGCGCGCCCCACGCCGACCUGCUUCGCUGAGAAGCCGACUUUCUCCGAAGCCAGGAUUGGGUGAUGGUCUCUCUGCUGCAGCAACCAUCUGAAAUCCCACUGACCCCCCCGGAGAGCCUCGAGGGAGAGCAUCGGGAAGACCUCAUGCAGACCCGAAGGGCCACGGGCUCCCCACCCCCACAAAGUGAGAACCCUGGCUUCAGCUGCCCACCCUACCCAGGCGAUGUCCAGGCCGAGCCGGAGCCCUCCAUCUCCUCCCACAGCCCCAGUCCUUCCUCCCCGUGCCCCGAGCAGCUCCAGACUCACUUUCCCGCCGGCCCGGGCCAGACGGCAUUCCGGCUCUCCCCGACCGAGAAGUUCCAGGGUUUCGUUUACGAGGACGGGCCGGUGGUAGGGAGCCCAGGACGCUUCCUCAAAGGCGGCCGGGUCCCCUUUCACCCGUACAAGCGGCAGUUCAAUGAGGAUGUUUUUCUCGAGGCUCACCCGGCCCUCGGCCUGGAUGGACACUCCUUCAAGAGCCCGGGAUGUAUGGAGACUUUUGAGGAUGUGGCCAGCGCCGGGGACACCGAACCGUUCGCCCCCAGCUUCUCGACAGAGGCCGCUGCCUGGUGCAACGGCCCCCACUACCCCAGCCAGGAGCACAGCUCACAAAUGAUGCAUGGGUCGGAGGUCAAACUCAAGCCACCCCCUAUGGAGGGCCCACCUGGAUUGUAUUGUUACCAGCCCCAGCACAUGUACUGCCCCUCACAGCCCUUUCACCAGUACACCCCUGGGAAUGGCAAUUAUCCAAUGACCUACCUCCCUUCUCCACACUACGCCUACCAGAGGAUCGCCCCUCAAGCCAGUGUGGAGUCUCAGCAGCCACUGUUCCCCAAGCCCAUCUACUCAUACAGCAUCCUCAUCUUCAUGGCCCUCAAGAACAGCAAAACAGGAAGUCUUCCAGUCAGUGAGAUCUACAAUUUUAUGACCGAACACUUCCCUUAUUUCAAGACGGCCCCAGACGGAUGGAAGAAUUCCGUCCGCCACAACCUGUCCCUCAACAAGUGCUUUGAGAAGGUAGAGAACAAGUCGGGGAGUUCGUCCCGCAAGGGCUGCCUGUGGGCCCUCAAUCCGGCCAAGAUCGACAAGAUGCAGGAAGAGUUACAAAAAUGGAAAAGGAAAGACCCCAUUGCUGUGCGCAAGAGCAUGGCCAAGCCUGAACUGGACACUCUCAUCGGAGACAAGAGUGAGAAACUCCGAUCCCCUCUAAUGCCCUGCCCACCCCAGGGGCUGACCAGCUCAGGUCCUGCCAGACCCAUGGCAUUGUGUGACCCAGCCAACCCCACAGCUGUCCCCCAGCCCCUCCACUCACUGCACCCGGCCCCAGGCCCCAUCCACGCCAAGAACCCCAUGACAAGCCUACUUGGGGGGCACCCGCCCUCCUGCUACCCACAGAGCUACCCCCACCUCUCACCGGCCUUGGCCCAGCCAGGGGUCCCACAGACCCUCUUCCCGCCUUCCGAUGGGCAUGGUGAGCUCCGGGCCCAGCCAGGCACCCCCCAGGACUCUCCCUUGCCCGCCCACACUCCACCCAGCCACGGCAUGAAGAUGUUGCCGGAGCCCUCCCCAGCCAGGACAAUGCAGGACCCCCUCAUGCCGGAGGGAGACCUCAGCACCGACAUCGACACCAUCAACCCCUCCCUCACUGACUUUGACUUCCAGGGAAACCUCUGGGAGGAACUGAAGGACGACAGCCUGGCCCUAGACCCGCUGGUGCUGGUCACAUCGUCCCCCAUGCCAUCGCACUGUUUGCCAUCCCACUGCCUGGCAGGCUCUGGAGGCAGUCCCGGCGAGCUGGGCCUGCAGGGCAGUAACGGCCCCAGCGGACUCAGCGACCUGCAUCUCACUACUUUCUACUCAGCCUUAAUGGACCUGGACCCGGUGGCCCCGGCCUACCUGAACUCCAGCUCCAAGCCCAUGGGACUAGUGUGAGCCAUGGCACGGCUGCGGCAUGCCCCAGGGGCCGGGUCUCUGUCUGGGGAACACCGGAUCCAUCACCUUUCCCCUAUGAAGGAAGGACAGAAGGCUCCUCCCUCCCCUCAAAAAAAGAAAAAAAAAAGGGGAAAAACCCUUUAAAAAAAAAAAAAACGCAACGUGACUUUGCCAAGUUGUUUUUCAGGCAAAAGGCCUGGGAACUGCCUUUGCUCUGGUCCUGCUCUGCCACCCCUGCCCCUACCCUCGAAUGGGUCUGCAGCCUCUGACUUAGGGCCUUGAACACCCUGUUCUUUUCAUUAAUUCACCUCUCAGGGUCCCCAAGAACUCUCUAAGAUUCUCGAGUGGCAAAUUAGUCUGCAGUGAGGGGAUUGGGGGGGGGGGGUUGUAUCUUCACUGAGUCCCCUGCACAAUAGCUUAGGUCUGCUCAAAAGUACAUACACAACACUCCUACACGUGUGAACAUGCAUACAUGGGAAUGCACACACAUGUGUAUAUGUCCCGACACCGAAGGGAUCCAUGGUCUCAAUCUGGCAGGUCCUCUGGCCCCCCGUGAAGAUUUCAUAAAAACGCGCCUCCUUGUGUAGCUAAUACGUGAGCCGUGUACAUAUCCAAUUGUGUCUGUGACAUACAUGUGCACCCACCGUACACAUGGCUUGUAGACAUCACGUGUACCUUGCACGGAAUACUCGUGACCUGCAAUUAUGUUUGCAUGUGUGUGUAUGUACACACAUAGGAUUACUUCGACCUUCAAUGGACCUGCAAUUUCAUCAUUUUAGCAACUUUAGUGGUCCGCCAGGGAAGGUUAAGACAAAGCCUUUUGUCAUUCUUAGAGGAGGCGUUCGGCACAUGUAAAUCAUGUGUGUUGCAACAUGUACACACGUGUUCCGUGUUGUGACGGAUAGUGUGUGAUUGUGUAUAUGUAUUCCAUGUAAAAGUACAAAUCAAACAUUAGGUGCCUACUAUGUGCCAGGCACUGUCCCAAGUUCUGAUAGCCACGAGAUUCACAGGGUAUGUGUAGAAUAUACACACAUGUGAGUGUGUAUAUAUGUAUAUAGUGGCGGGCUUUGACUUAGUAUGUGAGCCACAGGUACACAUAUGUGUCUAUAACACGUGUGUAUGUUGUGGAAAGGAAAGAAAGGGAGGAAGGAGGGAAAAAGAGGAGAGAGAAAGAUCAGAUACUAAGGCAAAGCUACCAAUAGGAAUCUGCCUUUGAUGCCCAUGUUUGGUGGCAUGGGCUUCCCCGCACCCCUACAUGCCCCCGUCCCGCCCCAUCCCUUCUCUCCUGGCAAUAUUCUCUAUUUAUUCCCCAGGGUUCCUCCCAACAGGACAGGGAAGAAGCAGGCGUGCUUUUUUGCACAGUCCUGGAUAGGAGGAGACCCUUCCGAGUCAUCACAGUGUUGGGGUCCUGAUACUCCUGAGGGAAGGGAUGGGGCAGCCACGUCUGCUUUGGCAAAAAAAGAAACAGCCCCAAGCCGGAUUCCUCAGGGAAGGGAAUUAAAAGGCAGGCAAGCUCAGAAACACGGACACCACUGAAACUUGAAACUAUCCUUACUGAUUUGGAGAUUCAUGGCGGAGGAAACCAAAGUCUUCCGGGUCUCUUUUCUUCUCUUUAAAGGAAGCUACGUAGCUUAGAAAUUCACCUACUUUCUUCCCACUCUUAGAGUGGGCUUAACUUCUGGGGCGACUUUGGGGCGGAGACUGGCCCCUCUGAUCUUAAUUGCUGCGAAGAGGGCGCCCCGACUCCAGUUCUACGUUGCCACAUUAGGAGCCAGCUGGGCCCGGAAAGGGGAACUGGAGGAACCCCCGUUUGGUCUGAUGUCUGGCACCUGGAUCCGCCCAGUUGGGUCCCGCAGGGCCAAGUCUCAGAGACUUUUGCGCUCAGCCCCGCGCACUCUGCUGCCGAGGCCGCUUGGUCUCCCACACGAGGGAGCUGGGCCUGGGUCCGUGGGGAGCCAGCGGGGGCUCAGCUUCAGGCCCAGCCAGCUGCAGUGUGCCGGGAGCACCCCGCCCCACGAUCCCCUCGGCUCGCUGCCAGCCUGUACCACGCACCGUAGAAAUAAAGUAAACCUCUGUCUUCUGGGCUGUGCUCCCUUC